CGUUUCAUCUGCCUGUCUGUGCUCUGUCGCUAGAUACGAUUUUAUUUUAAUAAUUAUUAGACAUUUGAGUGAAAUUUUGUUUUAUUACCAUAUAACAGGAAAAACCGAUCUACAGAUAUAUUUGACAUUUAGAGUUAGUGUGCCAGGUACAUCUUAUGUAGACGGUUGUUACGAAUAUCAUUCGCGUAAGUUAUUUAAAUACUAUGCCUCUUUUUGGGAAAUCUCAGAAGAGUCCCGCGGAGUUAGUAAGAUCCUUAAAAGAUGCGGUUACUGCAUUAGAAAGAGGUGACAAGAAAGCAGAAAAAGCACAGGAAGAUGUGAGCAAGAAUUUGGUUUUAAUCAAGAAUAUGCUUUAUGGAACAUCUGAUGCAGAGCCACAAACUGACAUUAUUGUAGCUCAACUUGCACAGGAACUUUAUAAUACAAACCUUCUUCUUCUUCUGAUUCAAAAUUUAAACCGUAUUGACUUUGAAGGCAAGAAGGAUGUGGCCCAAGUGUUCAAUAAUGUUUUAAGACGUCAAAUAGGAACUCGCUCCCCUACAGUUGAGUACAUAUGUACCAAGCCGGAGAUUUUGUUUACUCUGAUGUCAGGAUAUGAGCACCAGGAAAUAGCUUCCAACUGUGGGACAAUGCUGCGAGAGUGUGCUAGAUAUGAAGCUUUAGCCAAGAUAAUGUUAUAUUCUGAUGACUUUUACAAUUUCUUCCGUUAUGUAGAAGUAUCAACUUUUGAUAUUGCCUCUGAUGCCUUUUCUACAUUUAAGGAAUUAUUAACUCGACACAAAAUCUUAUGUGCUGAGUUUUUAGAAGCUAACUAUGAUAAGGUGUUUAGUCAUUAUCAACGACUUUUGAAUUCUGAAAACUAUGUUACUCGACGGCAAAGUCUGAAGUUACUCGGAGAGUUACUUUUAGACCGACACAACUUUUCUAUAAUGACGCGCUAUAUUACCAACCCCGACAACCUUAAACUGAUGAUGAAUAUGCUUAAAGAAAAGUCACGUAACAUACAAUUUGAAGCUUUCCAUGUUUUUAAGGUAUUUGUAGCAAAUCCUAAUAAACCCAAACCAAUAUUGGACAUUCUGCUAAGAAAUCAAGACAAGUUGGUAGAUUUCCUCACCAAGUUCCACACAGACCGUUCUGAAGACGAACAGUUUAAUGAUGAGAAGGCUUAUCUAAUAAAGCAAAUUAAAGAGCUGAAGCCAUUAGAACACUAACAUUUAUUUUAUUGCAUUUUAAAAAAUCGCCACUUCCUCCUCGAAAGAAGUUAGUUAUAGAUGCUAUUAUAUUUAAAUGCUUCUAAGUCACCAGAGGGUGUUGUGUGCUGAGACAGGGCUCCGAAAAAUAAAACAUUCGAAUUCUAAUGGAUUUUACAUUCGGUCUGUGAUGAGUCAGGGAUGAAAGUAUAUUUGUGCUACGAGCAAAUUAACAUUUUU